AUGGCGCUCUCCCCCAUCGUCACGCACACGGUCGAAUCUGCCUCGCGCGCCGUGUCGUCGCCCCUCAAGGCUCUCGUGCCAUCGGGUCCCACAUCAUCCAAUGUCACGCCCAAGCCUACCGGGCCGCCGCCGCCGCCAUCCGUCUCGGGAGGUGUGCCUGCUACGCUGGAUGUGGCCGAACAGAUGAAUGAGGAGGAGAAGAGGAAAUAUGUCAAGGGCAAGAAAUUAGGAGAAGGUACAUACGCCAUCGUCUUCCUGGGACACCUCCGCGCCGAUCCGAGCAGCCUGGUAGCCAUCAAGAAGAUCAAGGUGCAGAAGGAGUACACGGAGGGCAUGGCGCCGGACGCGGUGCGCGAGCUGAAGCACCUCCAGGAGCUGCAGCACCCCAACAUCAUCUCCCUCCUGGCCGUCUUCUCCUCCAAGGACCAGAACCUAAACCUAGUGCUCGAGUACCUCCCGCUGGGGGACCUGGAGAUGCUGAUCCGGGACACGGACCGGGUGCGCUACGGCGCCGCCGACAUCAAGGCCUGGAUGGGCAUGCUCACGCGCGCCGUCUGGUUCUGCCAUGAGAGCUUCGUGCUCCACCGGGACAUCAAGCCCAACAACCUCCUGAUCGCGGCCGACGGCGAUGUCAAGCUGGCCGACUUCGGCCUAGCGAGGGGCUUCGCCGACCCCCACCAGGUCAUGACGUCCAACGUCAUCACGCGCUGGUACCGGCCCCCCGAACUCCUCUUUGGCGCCAAGCACUACUCCGGUGCCGUGGACGUCUGGUCCGUCGGCGCCGUCUUCGCCGAGCUCGUCAUUCGUGCGCCCUACCUGCCCGGCAGCACCGAGCUCGACCAGAUCCGCCUCAUCUGCGAGGCCGUCGGCACCCCAAACGAUGACAACUGGCCCGGCGUCUCCCGUUUGCCGGAGUACACCGUGCCUCUGGCCAGCCCCGUCCGCGGCAAGGACUGGUACGAGAUGCGCUUCGGCACCGUGGGCUCCCACGGCGUCGACCUCCUCAUGCGCACCCUCACCCUCAACCCCCGCACCCGCAUUACCGCCCGCGAGAUGCUCAACCACCCCUGGUGGCAUGCCGAUCCUAAACCUACCCCCAAGGGCGAGCUCCCUCGCAAGACCGAGGCCGGGGAGGACAAGAUGGCUGCCGAUCUCAAGAGGAGGCCUGGCAUUACUGAUGAUGACAGGGGCUCCAAGGUUGCUAGAAAGCUCAACUUUGGCGCUUAA